AUGCCAGGUACAGACAUAGCAGCAUGUGAUGCGAUCGGGCCAGACGCUUUGCCCUGGGACCCGAACGAAUUUGAUUCAAAGUUCUUCAACCUAGGUGAGAGGGGAUCUGGUUACAAGACGAAGACUGGUAAAGUUCAAGACUUCCAUGAUCUGCAUAAGCACCACCUUAACAGUAAGACACUCUUUGAGGAUCCUGAGUUUCCGUGUGGCUCAGAAGCUCUGGGAGAUAUCGAUCCUGGCCAUCCUGUGUCCGGAAUCGUAUGGAAGAGACCAACAGAGCUCUGCAACAGCCCAGUGUUUCUGGAGGAAGGCGAGUCGACGUCCGAUGUCAUGCAGGGAGAUAUCGGAGACUGUUGGAUGCUGGUUGCGAUGGCCAACUUAGCGCUGAGAAAGGACCUCUUUCACCGCGUUGUUCCCGAAGGGCAGUCUUUCGAAAACGACUGGUAUGCCGGUAUCUUUCACUUCUGCAUCUGGAAGGAUAACAGAUGGAUCGACGUCGUUGUGGAUGAUCGUCUACCAGUCAGCCCGGCUACUGGUAAACUCCUAGCUACGCGCUCGAACUGCAGCAGCGAGUUCUGGAGUGCUCUUCUGGAAAAGGCAUAUGCAAAACUUCACAACAGCUACGGAGCCCUCGUUGGUGGAGGAUCCGCUGAAGCUAUGGAAGACUUCACGGGGGGAAUCACACUGCGGAUGAGAAUAAAUGAGGCAAAGACUGGACAAGCCACAGUGCCGCGAGAUGAGGCCCUGUCCAUAAUGAAGGAAGCGUACGAGCACGGUUCACUCAUGGGCAGUGAUACUAUGAGUGGUGCGAAGCUCUCAAACUCCUGUCACAAAGACGUCUUGCUGGCCGGCCACGCGUACAGUAUCACAGCCCUGGAAAUCAAUAAUGGCGUCGUCGAGAGGGUGUGCUUAAGAAAUCCAUGGGGGACAGCAAGCAAUAGCUCCCAGUGUACCAGAGAAGAUAAAGAGGCAGGACUUGAGGUUGGCACCAAUGGGGAGUUCAAGCUAGAUGUCGACUACUUCUUCAGGGAUUUCUAUUUUGUGCACGUCUGCUAUUUACAUCCAGAAUCGUACAACACCGUCACUCGCCAAAGCAGCAAAGCCGAUUGUGACACUCUGGACAAGGCAUCGGAUAAGGACUGGAAAAUGUUCGCUUUUGAGGGAGCUUGGAUACUCGGUGCUACUGCUGGAGGUUACAAGGACGCGCCAUGGGAGAACCCGCAGUUCGUUGUGCGCUUGCAAGAAGCGGAUGACGAAACAGGCCUGGGCACAAUGAUUGUGGCUGUGUUGCAGAGGCAUGUGCGCGGCGAAACGUACAGGGGACACGAGAAGGAACUCGCAACUGUUGGAUUCCUCAUCUACGAGAUCGAUGAGAAAAGCCCGCAGCCUCUGGACAAGCCAUUCAUCUCCAGUAAAAAGUACGUGUGCAACUCCGACUACGCCCCUCUUCGUGAAGUGACCAAACGUGUCAAGCUUCCUCCCGGAACAUACUGCGUCAUCCCCACCACCUACUCCACCGACGUGGAAGGGCAGUUCCUGCUACGCAUCCUAACGCGCAAGAAUAACUGUGCAAGUGUCUACGACAAGGAAUUUUGUUGGACCCCGUGACUCAACAGCGUUGCAAGGUUCCGUCGCUGGCAACGCACGGAUAAUCCAAACGCUUCAAUAAUCUACGCCAGUUUACACUAACAACAUGCUCCCCUCUGGAAUCC